AUGGUGAAGAAGGGGAAGGCUAAGAAGAAGAAGCUUCAGAAAUACCAAGCUCCAAUCCCAACCAAAGACACCGCGAUGCCAAUUCAGUCCGAUUCAGAUGCCGACGAUGAUUCCCCCUCCGGUGAGACCAAGCUCGAGAAGAUCCAGAAACUUCUCGAGCCCUACACCAAGUACCAGCGUAUUAACUUCCUUGUCGGCGCCGUCGUGCCCAACGCUUUCCUAUUCACUUGCUUCCGCGAUGCCGCGGAUCGCGACAUAUCACGUCGCAAGCUCGUCGUCUACGGCCUCGUGUGGGUCACGACUCGAGAAACCUUAGUCUCUGCCUUCGAGUCAUACGGCGAGAUUGAGGACUGCAAAGUCAUCUUCGACCGGGUCAUGGGCAAGACCAAGGGCUACAGCUUCGUCCAGUUCAAGACGAGACGGGAAGCGGCCAAGGCAUUGAAGCAGCCGAGGAAGAUGAUCAGGAAUCUGAUGUCAAGGAUGGCGGAUCUGGUAACGUCCAAGGAGGGCACCUUACCGAUGAUUGGGGCGCCAUUUGCUUCUGAUCUUAAAAAUCUGGGCCAGCAAAAAUAUGAGAAAGCUGGUAAUUUGGUGGAGUCUCACCUUGAGGACAAGGUGAGUUUCAUGGGCGGAAGUAAUGAUAGGACCCUUGUUAGUCACAUGUACCAGCAAAGAAAUAGGAGGGAAGAAGCAAGGGGCAGAAUAGGAUAUUGGGAGAGGGGGAAAGUGACAAAAACAGUUGAAGGGUAA